AUGUCCACCACCGCUGCUGACACCGCCAGUGCCGUCGCUACCGCGAGCGCAAACGACACGGCGCUCGACACGGCGACGACGUCGGUGCUUGCACCCACCAGCAGCUCGGAUGCGGUCGACGCCAACGCCGUGACCGAGGACGAGGCGGCGCUCUACGACCGCCAGAUCCGGCUGUGGGGCCUCGAGGCGCAGACGCGCAUGCGCACCUCGCACGUCCUCGUCUGGGGCUUCACCGGCGUCGCCACCGAGGUCAUCAAGAACAUUGUCCUCUCGGGCAUCGGCACCCUCUCCAUCCUCGAUCCCGACACGGUGCGCGACGAGGAUCUCAGCGCCGGCUUCUUUUGGAGGCAGGACGACGUUGGUGCCUCCAGGGUUGCGGAUGCACCCGUGGACAGGAUCCGCGCGCUCAACCCGCUCGUCAAGGUUCAGGGGCUUACUGACCAGUCCAUCCUCCAGGGCUCGCCGGAGGAGGUGGCGGCCAAGGUCAAGCAGCUCGGCGUCGACGUUGUCGUGGCGUGCAGGGGCACCAAGCUCGAGCUGACGACGCUCAACGACGCGCUGCGCCUCUCGUCGACCAAGUUCUACGCCACGUCGUCGUUCGGGUUCGGCGGGUACAUCUUCUCCGACCUGGGAGCGUCGCACGACUUUAUCACCGAGCGCGUGCUCCCGCCAUCGUCGUCGUCGACGCAGCCGGAAAAGAAGCGGAUCAAGAACCGCACGACGUUCGUGCCGCUCUCGCACAGCCUCGACAUGACGUGGGCGGGUAUCGAGGCGCGCAAGAUCAAGAGGCUCAGACUGGCCCCCGGUCUGUGGACAGUCUGGGCAUCGUGGGAGGCUCAGCAGCACGGUGGUGGUGGUGGUGGGGAGUUGAGGGAGGUGGCGGAAAGGAUGAUGGUGGAGAGGGGUGUGGAUCCUUCGUUGGUCUUUGAGGCGCAGGGCGUCGACAGGCAGGCGUGGUUCCAGACGUAUGCGGCAUCGACGUCGACGCGCGGCGAGUUCGCACCGACGUGCGCUGUCCUGGGCGGUCUACUGGCUCAGGACGUCCUCAACGCCCUCGGAGGCCGAGAGGAGCCCAUUACCAACUGGCUCAUCCUCGACGCCAUGGGCAGCGGAAACGCCACACUCCACACUGUCGGAUCCGCCGUUUCGACCCAGGCUGGCGUCGCUGUCUAG